CAUGCUGGAGCAGCUUCCGUGCGGCGACAAACCAGAAGUCCACGUCAGGACUCAGGUGAAAGCUGAAGACAUCCUGAGUGGACCCGAACCGAACAGUUUCACUUCGGACUCGGUUUAAACACAAACUUUCCUUUGGAGACAAAAUGGCGGACGAGGCCACGCGCAGGGCCGUGUCACAGAUCCCGCUGCUGAAGACGCACGCGGGCCCGCGGGAUGGCGCGCUGUGGCCGCAGCGGCUGAAGGAGGAGUACCAGGCUCUGAUCCACUUUGUGGAGCAGAACAAGGCGGCCGACAACGACUGGUUCCGCCUCGAGUCCAACCCAGACGGCACGCGCUGGUCCGGCACCUGCUGGUUCAUUCACGAGCUGCUGCGGUACGAGUUCCGGCUGGAGUUCGACAUCCCGGUGACAUACCCGGCCACGGCGCCGGAGGUGGCGGUCCCGGAGCUGGACGGGAAGACUGCGAAGAUGUACCGCGGAGGGAGGAUCUGCCUGACCGACCACUUCGCCCCGCUUUGGGCCCGGAACGCGCCACGCUUCGGCCUGGCGCACCUGAUGGCGCUGGGACUCGGACCGUGGCUCGCCGUGGAGAUCCCGGACUUGAUCAGCAAGGGGCUCGUGGUCCACAAGGAGCGAGAGGUCGCGGCGGAGUGACGUCACCGUCUCAGACUCUGAACACUGACAAACUGAACGACAGGACCGGAAACGAUUCGAGUGCCAUUCGGAGUAAAAAUGACGAAAAUAUGAACAGAGUCUGGUGGAGAGGUCUCUGAUGCACAGCUGACCGGAAAUAUUAAAUGUGUGAUGACGUAA